AUGGCGUCGGUGCAGGAGAGAAAGCAUCGGAAGAUCAAAAGUUUACUUCUACCGUCUUCGCAAUCCGGUCUGUCGACGUCGAUUUCCCUCCUGGAACAGGCCAUCUUUGUCAACGCGUCUCUAUGCACGCCGUCGGUAUUGCGAGGAUGUGUCAAGUUGGAUGUUUCGAAGCAUGUGCAACUUCGAGAUUUAUCUAUCCGAUUCACCGGGUUGAAUAAGGUUCACAAGUUUGGACGCUUCUAUGACAAAGAACGUGUAAUAGAUCAAACAUGGCUUGUUCCCCGGCUCGAAGCCCGUUCAUCGUCUCUAGUACAUGUCAUCCAACGGGACGCGAAACUCUGGCCAAUCCUCCAACCAGGCCAUUACGUAUACAACUUUGAACUUACCCUCAACGAAACCCUUCCCGAGACAUUUGAUGUCGGAGGUUGCAAACUCAGUUACGAUAUUCAGGCCGUAGCUAAUAUUUCCGGUCAUCGACCGCAGAGCUCACCGAGUCAAGAAGUCGCUGUUGUUCAUUGUCCGCACGACGAAUUCUAUCUCCACGAGGCGAGCCAAAUCAGUUUGUCACGAAUUUGGAAUAAACAAAUCCUGUAUAAUGUCGAGUUGGCGGAUAAAGGGGCAGCUAUCGGUGGGAAUAUCCCGAUUUCUAUUCGCAUUGGAUGCUCGGAUAUCAUGUAUCUUGCUGUGCAAGUAUACUUGGCACAAAAGAUCCAGUUUCCAGGUAUUCCGGGGAGGCAGUCGCAACUGCGAAAGAUGUUGUUGCUUAAAACAAAAUGCAAUGAUCUGUCGACGGGCAAGUUCAGGGAAACGCCAUCGCUGAGACUUGAUCAAGAGUCCGACGUGACAGUGAUUGCCGGGAGUGUCCCUUUGCUGAACGAGCCAAAUGCGCAGCUGAGGUUGCACCCUGAUGUGCAUUUCAAGAAGGUUACAGCCACUCAUACAAUAAUGUUCCUUAUCGACAUCACCAUCCCAAAUCCGCAAGACAGCAGAAAGACGACUGUUUGUCGGCUCACUGCCGAAACACCAUUCUGUGUCCGAACGUCGCAAACGCAUUUAUACGGUCUCUCAGUUCCUGAAUACUCGGAAACGAAUAACCUGGCGACCGACUCGGACCAUUUCAACAGCUCUCGGCUCUUGCCGCCGCCGUUCCCUGAGACCUCGUCUCGGCAACCGUCAGAAACAUCUUCUACUAUUGAUACAGAAUUCGCAUGGUCACGGUCGCCCUCCACAUAUUCUCUAUCAAGCGACGAGCUCAAACCAGUUGCUCCUGUAAACCCACCACCUGCAUACGAGUCGAUUUGUGGCUAG